AUGGUCCUUUUGCUGUUCCUUGCAAUCCUGCUGUUGAAGGAAGAUGUCUGUGGGAACUCUGGGCUUUUGGUUUCAGCACAGGCAAAUGAGAGAAGAGUGGUUGCACACAUGCCUGGUGAUAUCAUCAUUGGAGCUUUAUUCUCUGUCCAUCACCAACCAACUGUUGACAAAGUUCAUGAGAGGAAAUGUGGAGAGGUAAGAGAGCAGUAUGGCAUUCAGAGAGUGGAGGCAAUGCUACAUACCCUUGACAGAAUUAAUUUGGACCCCACAUUGUUGCCAAAUAUAACACUAGGAUGUGAAAUAAGGGACUCCUGCUGGCAUUCUGCUGUGGCUCUGGAGCAGAGCAUUGAGUUUAUAAGAGACUCUCUCAUUUCUUCAGAAGAAGAGGAAGGGAUGGUACGAUGUGUGGAUGGAUCAUCAUCAUCUUUCCGCUCCAAGAAACCCAUUGUUGGUGUCAUUGGGCCUGGUUCCAGCUCCGUUGCUAUCCAGGUCCAGAACUUGUUGCAGCUCUUCAAUAUACCUCAGAUUGCUUAUUCUGCCACAAGCAUGGACCUAAGUGACAAAACUCUGUUCAAGUAUUUUAUGAGAGUGGUGCCCUCUGACGCACAGCAAGCAAAGGCGAUGGUGGACAUUGUCAAACGCUAUAACUGGACCUACGUUUCUGCUGUACACACCGAAGGAAACUAUGGUGAAAGUGGAAUGGAAGCUUUCAAAGACAUGGCAGCCAAGGAAGGGAUCUGCAUUGCACACUCCUACAAGAUCUACAGCAAUGCUGGCGAGCAGAGCUUUGACAAGCUGCUGCGAAAGCUUCGGAGCCACCUGCCCAAGGCAAGAGUGGUGGCCUGCUUCUGUGAAGGCAUGACUGUCAGAGGCCUCUUGAUGGCCAUGAGGCGCCUGGGACUCGCUGGAGAGUUUUUGCUGCUAGGCAGUGACGGCUGGGCAGACAGGUAUGACGUGACAGAAGGGUACCAGAACGAAGCUGUUGGUGGGAUAACAAUCAAGCUGCAGUCCCCAGACGUGAAAUGGUUUGAUGAUUACUACCUACAGCUCCGACCAGAAACCAAUCAUCGGAAUCCAUGGUUUCAGGAAUUUUGGCAGCACAGGUUCCAGUGCCGGUUGGAAGGGUUUCCCCAAGAGAACCCUAAAUACAACAAGACCUGCACAAGCCAGAUGACUCUGAGGACGCAGCACGUUCAGGACUCCAAGAUGGGCUUUGUAAUCAAUGCAAUAUACUCCAUGGCCUAUGGGCUCCACAACAUGCAGCUGUCCUUGUGCCCAGGCUACGUGGGCCUCUGUGAUGCCAUGAAGCCCAUAGAUGGUCGGAAACUCCUGGAAUCUCUCAUGAAGACUAACUUUACUGGGGUCUCUGGGGACAUGAUCUUGUUUGAUGAGAAUGGUGACUCACCAGGAAGAUAUGAAAUCAUGAAUUUUAAACAAAUGGGGAAGGACUACUUUGAUUACAUCAAUGUUGGCAGUUGGGACAAUGGUGAGCUGAAAAUGGAUGAUGAUGAAAUAUGGUCAGAGAAAAGUAAUAUCAUCAGAUCUGUGUGCAGUGAACCCUGUGAAAAAGGCCAGAUAAAGGUGAUCCGUAAAGGAGAAGUGAGUUGCUGUUGGACCUGCACUCCUUGUAAAGAAAAUGAAUAUGUCUCUGAUGAAUACACAUGCAAAGCCUGCCAGCUUGGCUCCUGGCCCAAUGAGGAACUCACAGGUUGUGACCUCAUCCCAGUCCAGUAUCUCAGAUGGGGCGAUCCCGAACCAAUUGCAGCCGUUGUUUUUGCAUGCCUGGGUCUGUUGGCCACGCUGUUUGUUACAAUUGUGUUCAUAAUGUACCGUGAUACUCCAGUGGUCAAAUCAUCCAGCCGAGAACUUUGCUACAUCAUUCUGGCCGGCAUCUGCCUGGGUUACUUGUGCACUUUCUGUCUGAUUGCAAAACCUCAACAGAUUUACUGUUACCUUCAGCGAAUCGGCAUCGGCCUCUCGCCGGCUAUGAGUUAUUCUGCUCUAGUAACUAAAACCAACCGCAUCGCAAGAAUCCUGGCUGGGAGCAAGAAGAAAAUCUGUACAAAGAAACCUAGGUUCAUGAGUGCCUGCGCCCAGCUGGUUAUUGCAUUUAUCUUGAUAUGUAUACAGUUAGGCAUCAUAGUUGCCCUCUUUAUAAUGGAGCCACCAGACAUAAUGCAUGAUUACCCAAGCAUCCGAGAGGUCUACCUGAUUUGUAACACCACCAACUUGGGUGUUGUGACUCCCCUUGGAUAUAAUGGGUUAUUAAUUUUGAGCUGCACCUUUUAUGCGUUUAAGACAAGAAAUGUCCCAGCAAACUUCAACGAAGCAAAAUAUAUUGCCUUCACCAUGUAUACCACCUGCAUCAUUUGGCUGGCUUUUGUGCCAAUAUAUUUUGGAAGCAACUACAAGAUAAUCACCAUGUGUUUCUCAGUGAGUCUGAGCGCCACCGUGGCCCUUGGCUGCAUGUUUGUGCCCAAGGUCUACAUCAUCCUUGCUAAGCCGGAGAGGAAUGUGCGCAGCGCGUUCACCACGUCGACGGUAGUCCGCAUGCACGUAGGGGAUGGAAAGUCAUCCUCAGCUGCCAGCCGCUCCAGCAGCCUGGUGAACCUGUGGAAAAGAAGGGGAUCAUCUGGGGAAACGCUUAGGUACAAAGGCAGGAGACUGGCCCCCCCGCACAAGUCGGAAAUAGAGUGUUUCACCCCAAAAGGGAGUAUGGGGAAUGGUGGGCGAGCUACAAUGACCAGUGAAGAAUCUGUUUGCAUUCCAGACUGUAAUCGAUCUGAGUCAAGUAGGGAGGAGAUAAAGGUUCCUGUUAAAGAGGAUGCCAUAACAGUCAAAAAGACUGGAAACUGUGUCAGUCUAAUAGUUCCACAGCAAGACUGUCAGCUGCAAGACCUGCUCAAACACUCUAAUGGGAAAUCAGUUUCCUGGGCCCAGAACGAGAAAAGCAGCCGAGGAGCACACCUUUGGCAGCGGUUGUCAGUCCACAUCAACAAAAAAGAGAACCCCAACCAAACUGCAGUGAUCAAGCCUUUUUCUAAAAGCACAGAUAGUAGCCGACACAGUAGCAGCGCUACAUUUCCCGAGGCUAGUGCCAAAACGCUUUAUGAGGUUUCGGAAGCAGAAGAGCAAUACCCAGCUCAGUACCGACCACAGACUCCCUCACCAAUCAGCACCUUGAGCCACAGAACUGCCUCUGUCAGCCGAACAGAAGAUGAAGCCCCCACCUUCCAGUCAGAGCCUCCCCAGCGAAGCAGCUCCUCCCAAGGCUCCCUCAUGGAGCAGAUCAGCAGUGUUGUUACUCGCUUCACAGCCAAUAUCAGUGAGCUGAACUCUAUGAUGCUUUCAACAUCUACUCCAGGGACAGCGGGGGCUGCUCCUCUCUGCUCUUCGUACCUGAUUCCACGGGAAAUCCAGCUCCCUACAACAAUGACCACGCUUGCAGAGAUCCAACCGCUUCCUGCCAUUGAAGUCAAUGGCGCUUCACAGGCUGCUAGGAAACCCUCAAAUGACAGCAUCAAAGAAGGCACUUCAGAGACCCCAACAGCCAAGCAAGACCUGGAGGAGUUGGUGGCUUUAACUCCUCCUUCUCCUUUUAGAGACUCCAUCGAUUCUGGAAGUGCAUCUCCCAGCUCUCCAGCUUCUGAAUCAGCCCUCUGUAUCCCGUCCUCCCCCAAAUACGACACACUCCUCAUCAGAGAUUAUACUCAAAGUUCUUCUUCGCUGUGA